AAAGUCCGGAAUCCGGAUAUCAGCAGGGCAGAACCCCCAGAAAUUUAUUUCUGCCAUGCCCAUCAGGGAAAAAAUGGCGGGAAAACGAUGAAGAAAGCUCUUGAUUCAUGCUAGUCAUCUCCAUCGUACAAACCAUCCCUCGCAGCCCUGCCUUUCCCCGUUUGUUCUUCCGUUUCCGGGAAACCAAACCCCAAGCCCCAAACUUUUUCGUUUGUUUUUGCAGGCAACGGAACCCGUCAAUGUCAACCAAAAUCGUUGCCGAGUACGCGAAAUCUGGCAGGUCCUCGUGCAAGAUGUGCGGCAAAGCUAUUGCCGCCAAGGCUCCGAGGCUGGGCCUGGUGAGCAGAGACGCGCGAGGUUAUGACGUAACCAAAUGGCACCAUGUGGACUGCUUUUCUGAGACAAUUGAGUCGCUGGAGACGAUCAAGGGAUUUGCCUCUCUCGAGAGAGCUGAUCAGGAAGCUUUGGAGAAAUUGUUAGAUGGGUCUAAUAAAUCUCCGGAGCAGGGAACGGUUCAAGACAAGGAAGAAAUUGAGCUGGAUGAAAGAAAUAAAAAGAAAAUUAAGUUGUCAACACCUGAUGAGAAAGCUGAGUUAGAAAUAGCCUUUUCAGUGUCUGAUAUCACAGAUAAGUAUAAGAACGCAUCACUGUUACCAAAAUGGAAGGCAUUCCAUACAGUCAUAUUUCUUGAGAGGGAUGAUGGUCUUCAAGAUUCAGAGAAAAUAGCUGCAUUUGAUUUUGAUGGCUGUCUAGCUAAAACAUCUGUUAAAAGAGUUGGAGCAGAUGCUUGGUCCCUUAUGUAUCCUUCAAUACCAGAGAAGCUGCAGGCUCUGUAUAAUGAUGGCUACAAGCUGGUAAUAUUUACCAAUGAAUCCAAUAUUGAACGCUGGAAGAAUAAGAGACAGGUAGCUGUUGACUCAAAAAUUGGACGUCUCAACAAUUUUAUUAAGCAAGUGAAGGUCCCAAUACAGGUUUUUAUAGCAUGUGGAUUAUCCAAUUCUGAUGGCAAAAUGCAUGACCCUUUCCGCAAACCUAAGCCUGGGAUGUGGCGCAUUAUGGAGAAACAUUUCAAUUCUGGAAUUCCAAUUAAUAUGGAUCAAUCCUUUUACGUUGGUGAUGCAGCCGGGAGACCUGACGAUCAUAGUGAUGCUGAUAUAAAAUUUGCAGAGGCAAUAGGACUGAAAUUUUAUGUCCCUGAGGAAUACUUUAGCUCGGAGGGCAGCUAGUUCCAUUCAGCAGUUCUUAAUGCACAUAAGUGUAUUGAUAACUUUAUGGCACGAAGUUCUGUAUCAAAGCUUUACUAAUCCCUGCCUAUGUGGUGUUAGAAUCUUUUAAUUAUCAUUCAAGAUACACAAACUAUUCGAUAGUUUGAUUGAUACCAAGUCGCAGGAAUGCAUGCUCUUUUGCUUGUUUACUAAUGACUAAUGGGUGGAUGAGCAUAUUGUACUCAGGCCAAGCAACGAAGCACAAACCAAUCCCAGCAUACUUCCACUAUU